CCCAAACCUGCAGCCCGACCUCCCUGAAGCACCAGCAGCAGCGGCAGCAGCAGGGAAGCCACAGCAGAUCCGACCCGGCACAACCAACCAGUUUGAAGAAACACGUCGACGAAGACGGUCGACCGCUCAGACCGCUAUUUCGCGCAUUCGCGAUUCCCUACUCCAACAUUUUUGCGAUCGCGGCUACUUACGCGUGCAAGUUCGCUGCUCAACACGCGACCGAACCGAUCCGAUUGCCCAUUAUUGAUCACCGCACACCGCAGUGAGUGGCCUCCAGUGGCGUGCGCGUAUAGUUGGCUGUGUGUGUGCAUGUGUGUCUGUUCGUUCAAUUUCAUUCAAUCUUGAUCGCGAGUGUUUUGCGCGAAGGUUUUCAUUCAUCACGCCUGCUUAGUCAUUUUCGGGAAGCGGCCACGAUAUCGCGAGUGCUGUGUUGCGAUAGUGAUCGCGAAAACACCGUUUUCGCAAACCGUGUAUGUUAGGAGUGAAUUUUCCAGUGAUCUCAUCCAGCGUGUUCGGGGGUGCUUACGAAAGCUUUCCCGGUGCUUACUCCCGGUGUGUGCCUACGUGUGCGAGUGUUUGUGUAGGGUGAAAAGAUUUAAUUGAAAAUCAUUCAACAUCAGCAAGAUUAUCGUGUGCGAGUGAUUUUGUGACCGGUGUCUAUGAAUGUUCCAGCCCCGGAAACGGUCGCUUGCCUUAUCCGCGUUCUAUCGCAACUUCAAAGCAACGGCUAAACUUUAGUGCUGCUUCCUCACGCCAUUCGCCACCUCGUUUGGAGCCGUCUUUACCGCAAACAAAAGCAACCCUCCCAAAUACGGAACCACGAAAAUGUAUCAUUUAAUGAGAUUUCCUUAAUUUAUGGAUUAGAAAAGUCAAUUGUUCGGUAGGUUUAGCCCGUCGACAACCAUCUCACAGCGCAUUGACGUUUUUUCUCCCGGGGGUUUGCUGGAACAGCGUUGUGGGUCUCCGGAUUCUCCGGUUCGCAUUUCGGUUCGCUGGUGGCGUCUUGUAUCGUGCGGAGUGGAAUUUUCGAAUGUGUACCACCGUUUCCCGUGCUCCGUUUCCGCCCGAAACCGAAGGCACCGCACCGGCCAGGGGUGCGGUGAAUGGCGUGCAGCCAUAAAAAUUGUGAAAAGCUCAUUAAAACAAAAAGCUUGCCGCGGACAAAAAAGUUGCGCCGCGCGCGGAAGCCGUCGCGGAGGGUCGCCCUCGGCAGGAAGAAAACAACGCCGGGAAUCGAACGAACUAGCGAAACAAACGAAAAACCGUGCCCCUUGGGGUGGAAACUGAACUAUUCGGCUUCGCUGCGUGCGAUAAAAACGCGAAUCGAAACCUGCCGAAAAUGCUGACCAAGAUGCAAAGGAAUCACCACCGAUCGUGGGGCUUCCCGGUGGAGUCACUGCUGCUGAUACUGCUGACGGCGCUCAGCUUCGCCGUGCGUUCAUGUGACGCUUCCUGCUACUUCCCGUUCGAGUUCCAGGGCGGCUACAUUACCCAGAACACGGUCACACCGGAAGGUGUGGUACGGUACAGCCGCAUCAACAUCACGGAGAAUGCGAUCCCACUGUGGGGCAUGUGUCACAAGCGGCGGGAUAACAACGUGAUCCUGAUGACCGGUUCGGAGGAGGCGAGCUGCUAUCGCUGCUUCCACCUGAAACUCGUCUCGAAGAACGUCCUGCGGGUGCUGGCCGCCGACAAAGACUACCUGUCCAAGUGUCACACGAACGAGGAGAAAGCGCUCGCCUCCUGCCUAACCGAUGACGAUCUGCUGAACGAGGCGAAGAACACCGAAAUUAUCCUCUACAAAUUCCACGAGUGGGAUGGUGCCGAGGUGCGGCAGGAGUACUGUCCCAUCCACGGCCGAUACCGGAUGACGUACAGCGUGGAUAGCAGCGACACGACCGAUGGUAUCGAGUGUGACUCGGUAGAGUCAGAGGUGGACAACUGCCCUUCCGGUUCGGCGUUGAACCUGCGCUUCCGGAACUGUGCCUUCCCCGAUCGGGAAGUAACGUUCGAGUGUCUCGGCCAUUGGCGUGGCUUUGGGAAUCGUAAUUAUCUCGCCCUGCUCAGUACCGGCAAUGAAUCGCACCUUGGACCGAAGUAUCGGUGCGCCACCUACACAGAAAACCCCAAGACGGGUGAGAUCGAGAUCUCGUUCAGCCGUGACUCCACUUGCCGUGCGAUCGAACGUCAGUACGUGCGUCAUCCGAACUCACGAUACACGAACGGCAAUGGCAUCGGCGGUGAGUACCAUCACGAGGUGCUAACACUGCGCCCGAUUCCACUCGAGUUCGGUCCGGUCACACAGUACUGCAGCUUUCCCAGCUGGCUGAUCGGACGCUGGGAGCACGUGAUCGUCAAUCAGAACCAGCUCAUCUACAAAGACCACAACACGUUCAAGACGUACACGAUGAAGUGCGUCAAGAACUACACCAACCACGACUCGAACAAGUACAUCGUCUACAGCCAAACGCAAUGCGGCGAGGAGAUGUACCAGUGUUUGAAAAUCGAGCGGCGCGAUACGAACGUGUUCGAGUUCCAGAUAAGCAGCCGCCAGUCGCCCAACUACACCGCCACGAUCUGUAACGAUUUCUACUUCAACGAUGACCGGUGGCUUACGCAGGGCCGGCUCGACAGCAACGACAUCGUGUCGCCCUGCCCGAUCAUCGGCGAGUUCUCGGGCAUCAUCCCGGACGACGAGGGGCUGUGUGCGAAACUGUCGUCCGAGUGUGAGUCACAGGACAUCAUGUACUAUCAAAUCUCGGCCUGCGAUUACAUGAACGAGGUGUACGAAGAACGCGAAUACCGCUGUCUAGGCCAGUGGACACACCGGAACAUCGUGUACACGUACACCCAGCGCCGGGACGUCGGUACGUACGAAUGCUUCGUCGGCACGAUGCUGUCCGAGCGGCAGAUCUUCAUCAAGGAGGCGGGCGAACACUGCCAGCGGGACGUGAAUCCGCACCGAUUCGGCAUGGAGCUGAACAAGGUCGCGCACUGUACGCAGCCCGAGGUGUUCAAGGUGCCGGGCCGGCCUACCCACAAGUACUCGGAGGUACCGCAGCCAACCCAGCGACCCGGUCUGUCCAAUGGUGGUGGUGGUGGUGGUGGUGCCGGCGCGGGACACGCGGGUGUCCUCGCUGGCACCAACGGAAACCACUUCCACCAAAGUUCCUCACCGUCCGCGGUGCCCAACUCGACACCGGCUCCACCGUCCAGCGUUACCACCGGGCGCAACGAUGGCGGUCGGGGCGGCGAUAGCAGCAGCGGUAGCGGUAGCAGCAACGGUGGAGCUGCCGGCGGCAACAGCUAUCCGCCGUACAAGACUAAUUCCAAACACGAACCGGCCUCGGUCAAACCGGGCACCGUCGGCUCAACGGCCGCGCAUGUACAGUCGCACUAUACCUAUUUAUUGUUAGCAACGUUUAUCUGUGUUAUCCUAGGUUGUAAGAAAACUAGCUGUUAAACCAAUUACCAAUUGUACACACACACACACAAAAGACAACAAAAAAUUUAAAACAUGAACAUCAUCCUAUCAAG